GUGUUCAGAGAAGACAGUGGUACGUUGGAUUGCGCGUAGUGCGUGUGUGGUGCGUUUACAACACUAGCGCCACGCUACAGAGACUGAAAGGUGAUUCGAUUUCGCGAACUAAUCCUGGCAGCGCGGAGCGGUCAGUACGUGUGCCAUUCUGCACCGAGAAAUGGAAGCCGACGAAACGCGUCCGAGUAAUACGAGUGCGAGCACGUUGCCGAUGGACGAAGUCGUGUGUGAGCACGCAGUGACAGCUGUGCACGAGUACGGGUUUUAAAUUUGUUAUGAUCAAGAACGUACCGGGUAGAACCGGUCGCCGACCAACUGCGAUUCCGGAGAAGAGAUCGUUUUAGAUGCGCUUGUCGAAAGUUUAGUGAACGUGAAUUUUGGUUUUUGGUUUAUCACCGCCGUUUCGGAGUCGUAUCGCGAGUUUCGGCAAGAAAGCAGGGCUGUGUGUACGAACGUCUUUGGAUACAACCUGACAAGAUGUGGUGUCUCGUUAGUCAAGCCAAUUCCGUCAUCCUCGAAGUGCAAGUCGACCCUAAAGCCAUCGGUCAGGAGUGUCUUGAAAAGGCAUGCGACUGUCUCGGCAUUAGCAAGGAGUGCGACUACUUUGGAUUGAAGUAUCAGAACGCAAAGGGCGAAGAGCUUUGGUUGAAUCUAAGGAAUCCCAUAGAAAGACAAACGGGUGGUGGUGUAGCGCCUCUAAGGUUCGCACUGAGGGUUAAGUUUUGGGUGCCGCCUCACCUGUUGCUGCAAGAAGCCACCAGGCAUCAAUUUUAUUUACACUCACGUUUGGAACUGGUGGAGGGUAGGUUGAAAGUGUCCGAUUGGACCAGUGUGGCGCGUCUGAUCGCUUUGAUAGCGCAAGCAGACGCAGGUGAUUACGACGCGUUGUCGCCACCCCAUGCGCUCUAUUCCCAAUGCUGUCAGAUACAACCGACGGAACCGUGCGAACCGAAACCUCAGGAUUUCCUGCACCGGAUAGUUCAGCAACACAAAGAAAUCAAGGGCAUGAAACCAUCCACCGGCGAGUAUUGGUUGCUAAAAGAGAUCUCGAAUCUAGACACUUUCGGCCAGGAAAUGUUUCACAGUAAAUUUGGAUACAACGGAGUAUCGAUGAUCGGUGUUGGACCUCACGGUAUUACAGUGUACCGUAGCAACGACGAAGAAACGCAAAAUAUACCGUAUACGGCGAUACAAAGCGCAACGUCUCAACGUCGAAUGUUUCAUUUAGUUUACCUGUCGCUCGACGGUGAAGAGACCUCGUUGAACUUUAAAUUAGAUUCCAGCCAAUCCGCAAGUGGACUUUACAGAGCAAUUACCGAAAAACACGCGUUUUACAGCUGCGAGACGGUUAGGAGCGCGGUGACCGCUCAGUUUAUACGAGACUUGAAGGGUACUAUAAUCUCGAUUUUCAACGAGGACUCGACGUUAGGAAAGAAGUAUGUGUUCGAUAUCCGGAGAACCUGCCGAGAAGUGUACGAUAAUGCACGACGAGCCUUGUACUGCGAAGCUACGACCGUGAAUUUGCCGGAGGAGAACGAAAUGUUGGAGAAGCACGACUGUGGGGACUGCGAGGAUCCCAAGUGCAAGGAAUCUCGGGAAUGUUUGGCAAGAUUAUUGGACGCGAUGCUCUGUCGCAUUUGCAUGGAUCGUAGCUUAGACACCGCCUUGUUCCCGUGCGGACACGCGGUGGCUUGCUUGGAUUGCGCCAGACGUUGCGAACGUUGUCCACUUUGUCGGGCCGACAUCGACCACUGCCGGACGAUAUAUCUUCCCAUCGAGCUGACGCACGUCGACAAGCACAGCCCAAAAUUGGUCUCCGAGUCCAUCGAGCCUCUCUACGGGAACGCGUCCACCGAAGAGAUUCAGAAGAGAGCUUUAGGAAACGAGAACACGGUGAACGGUAACGGCAUUUGAGAGUGCCAUCGCGGAAGAAGAUUCAACGUGGCUCAACGAUUCCUUGGAAUCUUCGCUUGUCGAACAGAGAGAACGCAUUGACGUCGUUCGUCGAAUCGAGCUUCGAUCGAGUCUUUUCAAGAUUUUCUUUUUUUAUUCUUCUCACGAUUCAAUGUAAGCUUCGAGUUACUUUUUUAACCGCGAAAAACGUAGUUUAUUUAUCGAAUGUCGAAAAAGAAAUUAUUUUCUAGCGCUUUUUUUUUUUAUACUUUGUUAAUAAAAUACGUUUCGAAGGAGUUGUAUAAUUUGCCAGAGCACUGUGACAUUUUAUGUUUAAGGACGAGCAAAGACAUCGUUUUCUUUCGCGUUUUAACACGUAGACUGCCAUGGAGGUCACCGAUCAGCGGUGCUACGAAUUUCAUUUAACGUGUUAAAUUUGAUUUGAUUUUUAAUUUUUCGAAUACCACUAAGAUUCGAAAGAUUCAUUGGUACUGUGAUCAAAAAGAUAAAAAAGAAAAACAACGCGAGUUCGUAACAUUAAUGAAAUUAAUAUCGUUUAAAAAUCUUAUCUUAUCUAUUUAUAACAAUGUUGCAAUGUUACUAAGAAUGUUGUCGAUAUUUCAUCAUUGAAUAAUUAACGAUAUUAUAACGUCUUGAUUGAACGACCGAAAAGUGCUAUUAGCAGCAUUGAUCUUUGACAAACAGUGCUGCCGUUAUUUUCAAGAGAAUCGUAUAAUUUAUAUCAAUGCAAAAUUGAAUUACGUUGUGCAAAAGAUUUUAUAUUUUCAUCGACAACUGGACGAAUAAGUUAUGUUUCUUUCUUUUUUUUUCUUUUUUUUUUUUUUAAUUUAAUCGUUGUUUACAACACUUCUUGAUACCUUUGUUCCUCUUAGAUAGAUUAUACACAUAUUUUUUUCUUUCUCUUCUUCCUCGUACGUGUAUCGACUUUCGUUCAGAUAUCGUGGUGCCGGGGUCACCAGGGUGAAGAGUUUUAUUAAAACCAGUGACCCUUCAUAUUUUUAAUAUAGCAUAUACGUUACUCAUUAUGCGUACACAGUAUCGUUUACAAAACGACUGGUAUAACGUUCCUUCUUAUAGAGGAUAUUUCAUUUAAGAUGAACGCGGAUCUCGAACGGUGUAAUCGAUCGUUGAUGGAACGCUUUUAUCAUCGAGUCGCGCGAUAUUUAUACAUUUCUGUUCGCUUCAACGUGUGUACAGGUUUAAUAUUCGAUGAACCAGAAGAGCCAUCGCUAGAAUCGAUUAACGACCAAAUAAUACGUUGUUUCUUAUUUUGAAACGUCCUGUAAAAGAAGGAAACUUUGUUACAGUAAUAUCUGUUUAUAUGUACAUAAGAGGCGAUGAUAACCCUCGGUAGGAGGGUCAAACGAGUAAAAGUCAUGAGUUCACCAAAUGUCAAAUCUGAUUUAACAGACUCAGUGCGAAUGCUAUCUUUUUAAGCAAGUCAUAAUAAAAAAAAGAAUAUAUAUUAAUUGGUGCACUUUGCACACAUAUACAUACAUACAUACAUACAUAAAGAAGAUAAUUUACGUAUCAGCAAUAUUCCCUUUGCGAAAGAGCGCGAGAAAAGCUGUUUCUGAAUCAAAAAAAAAAAAAA